AUGGGACAUAGGAUUGGUGAAGGUGAUAAGGCACUCCAAGAGCUCCCCGGCCAGGAAGACCGGGCCUCGGGACAUGGAGGCCACCACUUCGAUCAUCUGUGCGGACACACGUGGCUCGUCGUGAUCCGGCCUUGGCAGUCGGCUGAGCAUCCGAAGCGCCAUGGAGCCGCCGAGCGGUGACCCAGCCGCCGGGCUUAUGAGCCGCUACGUGUCCGCGGAGCGCGGCUACGGGGUCCCGGAAGAAGGCUGGCGGAUCUGCCUGGCUCACGAGUUCCAGGAGAAGCGAAAGCCCUUCCAGGCCAAGGAUGUGUCGCUGUCCAACGUCAUGGAGCACAUCGGACUGGGUAUCAGGUACCUAAAGUGGUGGUACCGGAAGACCCAGGUGGAGAAGAAAGCCCCCUUCAUUGACAUGUUCCGCGCCCAGCCCUUGCGGCAGAUCUAUGGUGCUCCAUUGGGUGGCAUUGGGGGAGGUACCAUCACCCGUGGCUGGAGGGGGGAGUUCUGCAGGUGGCAACUCAACCCUGGGAUGUACCAUUACAAGACAGUCAUCGCCAAUCAGUUCACUGUGUGUCUGCGGCGGGGGGGGCGGACCGUGUACCAGCAAGUACUGUCAGUGGAGAGGCCCCCCACCCUCCAGGGCUGGAACUGGGGCUUCUGCGGCCAGUAUGCCUUCUACCACGCGCUGUACCCGCGAGCCUGGACCGUCUACCACCUGCCGGGCCAGAACGUCACCCUCACCUGCAGGCAGGUGUCGCCCAUCAUCCCGCACGACUACCAGGACUCCAGCCUCCCCGUGGCUGUGCUGGUAUGGGACAUAGAGAACAGGAACGACUAUGCCCUGGACGUCUCCAUCAUGUUCACCAUGACAAACGGCUCUGGUUGCAAAGAUGACAAGAGCGGUGGGCACUGGAAUGAACCAUUCUGCCUGAAGAAGGAGGGGGAGUCUGUAUCCGGAGUCCUGCUGCAUCAUCGCACCCCUGUCAACCCCUACACCCUGUGCAUCGCAGCCCGAGAACAGGCUGACAGGACCGUAAGCCACCAGACUGCAUUCAGCCCCCGGGGCACCUGCGAGGAGCUCUGGAAUGAUCUCAUCACCGAUGGACGGCUUGAUUCACCAGCAGGUCCUAGCCCCCCCACCCAGAAGGGGGAGAAGGUGGCGGCGGCUCUGGUGGCCGGCUGCAGCGUCUCGGCACUGGGCCACGGUACCCUGGAGUUCUGCCUGGCGUGGGACAUGCCCAAAAUCACCUUCGGCUCCCGCGAGAGGCAGCACGUCAGGAGGUACACACGGUUCUUUGGCGCUGAGGGCGAUUCGGGGCCCACAUUGUGUCACCAUGCGCUCACGCACUACAGGGACUGGGAGAGGAGCAUUGAGGCAUGGCAGAGGCCUAUCCUGCAGGACAGCUCCCUGCCCUCCUGGUACAAGUCUGCUCUUUUCAACGAGCUCUACUUCGUGGCGGAUGGUGGCACAGUCUGGGUGGAGCUUCCCGAAGACGGUGACAUCAGUGGGGGCGUGCGCACCGAGGAUGGGGGACUCCCCGCUCAGCCGCAUGUCGUCAAGGAAUACGGGCGCUUCGCCUACCUGGAGGGCCAGGAGUACAGGAUGUACAACACCUACGACGUCCACUUCUAUGCUUCCUUCGCCCUCAUUAUGCUGUGGCCCAAACUGGCUCUCAGCCUGCAGUAUGAUAUCGCGGGCUGUGUGGUUCAGGAGGACCUCACGGCGAGGCUCAACCUGAUGAACGGCCGAUACUCCCCAGUCAAGACCCGCAACAUGGUCCCCCACGACAUCGGAGACCCAGACGACGAGCCCUGGCUGCGCGUCAACGCCUAUCUGAUCCACGACACGGCCGACUGGAAGGACCUGAACCUGAAGUUCGUGCUGCAUGUGUACCGGGACUUUCACCUGACUCAGGACAGGCAAUACCUGGAGGACAUGUGGCCCAUCUGUCAGGCUGUGAUGGAGUCGGCGAUGAAGUUUGACCUCGAUGGUGAUGGGCUGAUCGAAAACUCUGGCUUUGCUGACCAGACUUACGACGGCUGGACGGUUACCGGGCCCAGUGCGUACUGUGGGGGCCUGUGGCUGGCCUCAGUCUGCGUGAUGUGCAAGAUGGCCCGGCUGCUGGACAGAGAAUCCGUGUACUGGCGCUACAGGGACGUGCUGGACAGGGGGAGUGCUGCCUUUGACGAGCUGUUAUGGAACGGUCAGUACUAUAACUAUGACAGCAGUGGGCGGGACCUCUCCAACAGCGUGAUGUCAGACCAGUGUGCCGGUCAGUGGUUCCUACGGGCGUCCGGCCUUGGUGAAGGGGAGUACCAGGCCUUCCCGGUAGAGAAGGUGCAUCGCGCCCUGAAGUCCGUCUUUGACCUGAACGUGUUGCGCUUUGCCGGGGGCCGGAUGGGGGCUGUUAAUGGCAUGCGUCCGGAAGGCGUUCCUGACCGCUCCAGCGUCCAGUCGGAUGAGGUGUGGGUGGGUGUGGUCUACGGACUUGCUGCUACCAUGAUUCAUGAGGGAAUGGUACAGGAGGGACUCUGCACUGCGGAAGGCUGCUACCGCACGGUGUGGGAGCAGCUGGGCAUGGCCUUCCAGACCCCGGAGGCCUACUGCGAGAAGGCCAUCUUCCGCUCGCUGGCCUACAUGCGCCCCCUCAGCAUCUGGGCCAUGCAGCUGGCUCUGGAGCAGCGCCGGCAGGAGGGUGACGGGGAGGCCGGUCAGCUCGCUGCGGGCGGUGGAAGCAGCUGAGAUCGUAUGGGGGGCCAUACGGGGAGCCCUGCAGAAAUGUCAGAGGACAUCACUGUAACUCUGUGAGCUUGGAGUAACUCUGUGAGCUUGGAGAGUCAGACUGUCAAAAUCACGUAAACUCAGAUUCCUAUGAAAACCAGACAGGUUAAGAAGAUGAUUGGCUGAGUCUAGAUUGCCUGAUUUAUUACUCUGACUGUUAUUAUUAUUACACUUGAAUGCUGUAAAGAUGCUUAAAUGAUUUUACAAAUGGCAUGUAUGACACUUUAUCACUAAUCAAAUGCAGGAGUCUUUUAUUGCUGUAAUAUUUAAUGUAGCAACGUUCAUGACAUUAAGGAAGGAAAAAUCAAAAUAAAAAUUGAGAAUUUAAGGUGCUGCGUAUUUAAGCAUGGGUCAGGGUUGCUGAGAGAAACACAGCCCCUGUCACAAUGUAUGAGACCAAAGGGAAUCUUUAAGCUUUUCUCAGCAAAAUCGUUAUAGUAAUGGAUGCCUGGCCUGCCUUUAUUAAAAAAAAACAAACAAAUGAGUUAUGCCAAAAAUACAAUGAGGAGGAAGGAGAUGUUUUGGUAGAAAGGCUGUGAUUAGUGUUACCGGGUCUUUUUGCAGAGCACUGAGGUGUUGCAGGUCAGUAUUAGCAGAUCCCCAGGCCGCUAUACACCUUUCACAGAACAAAUUCUCAACGUUUAUCUUUGUUAGAAUUCUAUACUGUCCCAAGUGAUCUGCAAAAAAGCAUCUCAAUAGGAAAAAGUAUAUUUGAUAGAUUUUUUUUUUUUUUAGUACACCGUAUGCUCAAGCAUUCUUAGCUGUAAAUGCGGAUUCGGAGAUGGGUGUGAGCAUCUGUGAAGGAAUAUUCCAGAGUAAAAAAUGAUCAAAAUUGAUCUUGUAGGGAUUAAAUUUGUAUUUGCAUGUGUUUAUGUAACUGUGAGGUUCUGAAAAAUAUAGAAAGUAAUAAAUUAUGUAUAAUGACAUCA